UUUUUUAAUUUGUUUCCGAUUGUCCAGGUUCAAUUUUCUUUAAGAAAUAAAUCAGGCAACAUUUCCUUCAACACAAACGAAAUUUGAGUCACUAGACUCAGCCAGUGAGCCGUACUUGUUUCUCUGAAUGCAUAGGAAGAAGGCGCACAGUUAUUUGUUGUGGGAUAGCUGAAUAGAUUUAUUAUUCUUCCUAAAAGUUCAUGGCUUAUAGAAUGGAUGCAAUAAUGCUACAGUCUUUGCCAGCAGCCGAGACUGAAAGCAUUGGACAUUUGUUUGUUGUUUCAAGAAGUUCUGCUAUCCUGGAUCUCUCCAACAGACUAGAAGUAACUGAACAAAUUUCAAAGUUUGGUGUAAAAUGUGUGCUAUCUCUUAAUAUUAGGUCGCAGACAAGAAGACGUGGAUCAAGAAUAGCAUUUGCUUUGGAUACAGGUAGGAUUCCCAGCAGUGAUGAUCAAGAUGGCCUCAAUGGUGAUGGCGGUGAUUUAGGUGGAACUCGUUUGGGGAGGAUAGUUGGUGGUGGAGGCAGGCAGCUGUUGGAGAAGCUCAAUUCAGCUCGGAAAAAUUUUCCGAUGAAAGUAUUUCUGCUUCUCUUAGGUUUUUAUACGGCAAAUGCCUUGGCGACAAUCCUAGGUCAGACUGGUGAUUGGGAUGUAUUAGUAGCAGGAGUCGUCGUAGCUGCAAUUGAGGGAAUCGGAAUGCUGAUGUAUAAAAAGCCACCUUCUCUGCCUUCCAGGAGGUUGCAGUCUCUGGUUUCAAUGGUGAACUACUGGAAAGCAGGUGUUAUUCUAGGUCUCUUUGUUGAUGCUUUCAAAUUAGGAAGUUGAUUUUCUCUCUAGCCACCUUAAAUUCUUUUGUCCAAAAUGAUUGUCCACUCAAUUACAUCAUUUUAUGUAUGUAUCAUACACUAGACUGCUCCGAUGUACUUGAGGAAACAUGUAUAUUAAUAAAUUGUUGUCCAAUUCACUUGAGGAUACCUUUCUGUUA